CUAAUUUAACCAACUCCUUCUGCACAAUAUUGUUUGUUAUAAGAACCCCCUUGCUUUCUUCGUCACGAUCAUCACUACUUACCACUACUUUCAUAUCUAUCUACACACUCCUUAUCCAAAUUUAAAGUACCAUGUUUUCCUUACACUCACUCCCCACAAUCUCAGCCAUUCCAAAAUCCAGGCCUCACUUUAUCCAUCCAAAACCAAUUCAUGGCUUCAAACUCCACCCCAACAACCCUGUUCCUCCUCAUCCCCUUCUCCACACCAUAACCAAACAUAGACUUAGACUCCUCUUUCCCAGUGCUACUUCUCCAGACCAAGACAGCAAGCUAACCAGCACUGAUUCCACUCAAUCUGAAUCUGACCCCUUUGAUCCAUUUCCUAAAGAAGAAGAAGACAGUGAAAACAAUCCAUGCAAACCACCACCUGAACAAGAGCAAGAAAAAGAACAAGAACAAGAACAAGAACAAGGAGAGAAAGAAGAUCAAGAAGAUGAUGGAGAAGAGAAAGAAGAACAAGAAAAAGAAAAAGGCGACGAACCUAUUCACCUCAAAUCCACAACAAUAACACCACCACAAUCUCCAACAACAAACAACAGCAACUUACAACUAGCACUAGUCUUUGGUCUGUGGUACUUCCAGAACGUAGUCUUCAACAUCUACAACAAGAAGGUGCUCAACCUCUUCCCAUUCCCAUGGCUACUCGCCUCGUUCCAACUCCUCGUUGGUUCCAUUUGGAUGUCCAUCCUCUGGUUCUCCGGCCUCCAACCCUUCCCACGUGUCAACAAACGUUUCCUCUCAGCUCUCCUAGUUCCAGCACUCUUCCACACCAUUGGUCACAUCUCAGCCUGUGUCGCCUUCUCCAAAGUCACCGUUUCUUUCACUCAUGUAAUCAAGGCCAGUGAACCAGUCUUCUCAGUCAUCUUAUCGGCUCUCCACGGCCAGUUCUAUCCCAUCCACAUCUGGCUCUCCGUCCUCCCCAUCGUCGCCGGCUGCUCUUUAGCAGCCAUCACCGAAGUCUCUUUCAACGUGCAUGGCCUCUGGGGAGCUCUCAUCAGCAACGUUGGCUUUGUACUACGUAACAUCUAUUCAAAACAAAGCCUCUAUGAUUUCAAACACAUCAAUGGUCUCAACCUCUAUGGUUUCAUAACCAUUGCAUCACUUCUGUACCUUGUUCCAGUAGCUGUUCUUGUUGAAGGGUCUAAAUGGGUGGAUGGGUUUCAGAUGGCAGUCAUGGCAGCGCCGGCACCAUGGAGUUUCUAUUCCUGGGUGGUGUUGUCUGGGAUCUUUUACCAUCUUUACAACCAGUCAUCAUACCAAGCAUUGGACAAGAUCAGUCCUCUAACAUUCUCAGUUGGUAACACUAUGAAGAGGGUGGUGGUCAUUGUUUCGUCUGUGUUGGUGUUUAGGAAUCCUAUCAUGCCUCUGAAUGCUUUGGGGUCAGCCAUUGCCAUCUUUGGGACUUUCUUGUAUUCACAGGCCAGCAUGAUUGGUAAGAAGCAGAAGAAGAAGGAUGAUGAUGUGGUUGCUGAUCAGCAGAUGAGUCUGUGAGACUAGUUCUUCAUGGCCGGUUCCUUUAAUUUGGUGCUUUGAUUGGGUAAUUAGUUUAUAUAUUUUUAUCAUUUUAUGAGAAAUAUAGCGAAAAGAUUCGAAUAAUGUGUACAGAGGGUGAGAGAAUAUUAAUUGUGGAGGAUUUACCUUGAAUCA